UUUUUCUGCAAACCUCCUUUACCAUCGAAUAUUCUGAACAGUACCGAGUGGGUUAAAAUUUCCCAUCCAAUUAAGGAAGAAGUUAAUGAUGAAGAAUUCGCCAUUGAUUUCUGUAAUGUAUACGAGGAUGCUAUGGAACACAGCAAACAGUAUUUCAAAGAUCCCGAUGUGAAACCCUGGAUACAACCAAGCAAUAGUAGUAGAAUUAUACCAUGUGAGACAUUUGAACAUCACUCAAAAUACAAUUCCAUUAUCACUCAAUUUGAUUUGGUCUGCUCUAGGGAUAUAUUGGUGGCCGCAACGCAAUUUUUUCAUUUAUUCGGAGUGCUUCUUGGAGGUAUCAUUACCACUAAGCUCUUAGAGUCAAUUAGUCCACGCAACACUAUGCUACUCGGAAUGUACUCCCAGAUAAUGUGCGGAUGUUUAACGGGUUUAGUUAACAUUUUUGAGCUGCACAUGCUUUUCCGAUGUCUUAGUGCAAUUUGCUGUGGUCUGAUGUACACCGCCGGAGGAGUUAUUCUGUCGGAUAUCACAUCAGGAAAAUACAGAACUGCUUCAAUGUGUCUUUUCGAGCAAUUUUGGUCCAUUGGAGUCAUGUUUCUCCCAGGCAUUGCAAGUUUUUGGAGUAAUUGGUCUCAUCUUUAUUUGGCUAUUUCAUUGCCAACAUUUGUGCUUGUUUUCUUGCAUAGGUGGAUACCUGAUUCUCCUAAGUGGUUACUGCAACAAGGCAGAAUUCGAGAGGCUAAAGCUGUUUUGGAAGACUCUGCAAAAGUUAAUGGAAACACGAAUCAAAUUCCUUCUGAUUUUGUUGAUCAGUUAAACCUAAUGGCGGAGAUCAUGAAAACAAAACCAGAUCCAGAUCCAUGGUGGUCGAUAUGGGAAACGUACAAAACCAGGAAAAAUCUGAUAUUGGUACAUCUAGCGUGGUCCAUAUUCAUCAUUGUGUACUAUGGAAUGUUACUGAAUAUCAGAGCAUUUGGAACAGAUCACCUUCAAAUUAAUACAGUUAUAGCAGGUGCAUCUGAGAUCAUCGGUACCUUCAUCGGAUUCGGUUUAAUCAUGUGUACCGCGAAAAAAUGGUUUUUGGCUGGCCUGUUCAAUAUUUUUGGAGGAUUGGUAACAUAUCUUGCCUGGAUUAUUCCAGCAGAAGUGAUAGGGAACUUGCGAACUGUUUUUCUGAUGCUGACGGCGAUGGUUGCGAAAAUGAGUAUUUCAUGCUGCUUAUCGUUGUUAACUGUAUGUACAACAGAGUUGGCCGAGGAAAACAAAAAAAAAGGUGCCGCAUACUCCGCAAUAGUGUGGGCUAGAAUUUGGCUUUUGAGUGCCCCUUUUGUUGGCGCUACUAUCAUCUUUGGACAACUACUUCCACAAACUAUAUUCGGAUCACUAACCCUUAUUGGUGGAAUAAUUGCUGGAAGCAUUCACAGUCCACAAACACAUCCGUGUAUAAAAAAACUGCAGUUCAGCCAGAAAGUGCAUUGCAUCAAUUGAAUAACAAAGGAGACACAUCAUACACAACUAACCCGAAAUACUAGCAUAAAAUUGUAUUAUACAAUGUUUUGAAUAUUCCGAGUAUUUUCACAUUUAUUAAUGCAAUCGUUUUGUCAUGGA